UUGAGGAGUUAGAAUUUAUGGAGUGUCGUCAGUUAAGGAAAAGGUAUGCUCAUUAGGUUAAUCUUCUUCAAUGAAAUUGAUACUUCUUGUAGCGAUUCGAAGAAGAGAACUUUAUAAAAUUCUAGCUAUAAAUUUCAUAAUCCAGGGUUUUGCCACACUUCAUCUCUUAAUUCUUAAACCCCAAACCAUCUCGCUCCAUCUAUACUCUGUGAAUCAAGCAAGUUCUUUCAAACCCAAACCCUAAUUCAGCUUCAAAUGCACAAUUAUGUCUAGACAAAUCCAACAACCCAUUUUAUGGAUUCUUCUAAUUUUACCCAUUUCAAACCAGAAAUCGAAAAAGAUAAAAAGUCUUGGGUUCACAAAAUUCUGUGCAUCAAACGUGGAAUGUUGCAAUUGAUGAUGACGAUAAGAAAGAAAUGGUGAAACAAGUCAUGUCUGAGGAUUUUCAUGUUCAUACUGUCGUCACUUGUAAUGAUGAAUCUUCUUCUGUAUUAAUGGUGGAUAUGGAGAAGAAAGAAGGGUCUGAUGAACCCAUUUCUCCGUUACAAAAUGUUGUCAAGAAGAAUCAAAAACCAGUCGGCAAAUGUAGUUCUCAAUUGGAUGAUUCAUUCAUUGCUGAACAAAUCAAAGAAACCCAAGAAGAGAUUUUUUGGAAAGAUUCAGCAAAAGAGGAGGUAUGUCUAGUUCAUUCUUUACCCCCAUCCAUGUCUCACUAUGAAAAUGGCCUAGUUAAGAAGAUGAAUUCAGAAACUAGUAACAAAAUUUGUAUGGAAAGUAAGCAAGAUGAGGUGUUUCAAGUGCAAGAUGUAAUUACUGGUGAUCAACAUAUCAUUCUUGUAGUAGAGACAACACAAGAUGAUUCUAAUUCAAUUUAUCCAUCUCAAAAUCUUAGUGAGAUGAGUAAUUGGGGAGAAUUAUCUGCCUCAGGUAGUAAUAAUAAAAGAAUGUCAGUGGAAAUCGGAACUACUCGUAUUGUUAGUGGAUAUGGCUGUGCAAGGAAAGAAAUGCUGAGGUCCAUUGCUUUGAGUAAGAAAAGGUCUGGAACUUUCUCUGAGAACAUAAGGCAGCAAGUCGAGAAAUGUUCGAGGGGAAAAUUUACUGAAGCAAGAUGUGUUGGGUAUGUUUUUUGAAGCUAGAAAUGUCUUGUGUCAAAGACGAAAAUAUGCAAAGUUAUUCGAGGUAAGAAAUGGAGAUGCUGAGGUUUGAAAAUUCAUAUCAACAGCGUCAGAUAUGGCGAGAGAUAUACACUGGGUUGGGUCCUGUUGUGGCCAAACAACUUAAUCAAUUGUCAGAGGCUAGGCAGAAUGGUAAGGUCAUCACUGACCAACAACAGCAGCAGCAACAUUACCAUCCCCAGCUGCAUCACCAACACCCACGACAACAUCAGGAACAUCACCGAUACCCACUGCAACAUCACCAAUACUCACAGCAGCAGCGGCAGCAACAUUACCAUACCCAGCCGCAUCACCAACACCCACGACAACAUCAGGAACAUCACUGAUACCCACUGCAAUCACUGCAACAUUACCAAUACUCACAGCAGCAGCAACACCACCAGCACCCAAAGAAACCUCCGCAGCAUCACCAUCACCAUAACCAUCAUCAACACCAACUAGCUGGGGUGCACGGAGAGAAUACCUCAAUUCUAGAAAAAGAGCCGCUGCAGGGGAUCGAACCAGGGUCACCCAUGGAUUUACCACUAUACUACAUCGAGGACUUUGUUUUGUCCUUCUGACACGCCAUUUUAAAAAUCUGUUUAAUCAAUCUACUUGGAUUAAGGGUACUUUUGAUAUGUGGAUGAAUUGAAUUCUGGGUUAGGGAUUUUGACAACGUUAAUGUUUGUGGGUAAAGGAUGUUUGACUUUCGAUGUGCUUCUCAAUGAAAAUGACUUUCAGUUGUCAUGGUCAAAUUUGACAUACUUUGCAGGGUAAUGAAUCAAUAGCUGCCUUGCUUUUCGCGUGCUGUAAUAUCAAAUAUUUCGCCAAGGCUUCUUUAAAUAUGAAUGCAAA